GCUCAGGGUCCCAGUUCUCUACCUUCCCAUUUGCUUAGCUUGCUUAGGGUCCCAGUUCUCCACCUUCCCAUUGGGUCUUUCAAGCAGAGCAGGGGCGUGGCUCUCGGGACUCCGCCCCCCGCCUCGGCCCAGCCUCGGGGUCCCGGGCUGAGGGAGCCGGAAGGAAGUGAGCGGGUCCCGCCCCUUUCCCCUUCUCGUUUCCGUAGGAGCCACGGCCGCUGCUACCGCCGCCGCUGCGUGUUCUCCGGAGUCUUCCUGCAGUACCCUCGGUCCCCGGCCGCGCGGAGCCGGGAUGCACUGCUCCUGCUGUGGGUCCUCAUCAUGGAGACCAAACGGGUGGAGAUUCCCGGCAGCGUCCUGGACGAUCUCUGCAGCCGAUUUAUUUUGCAUAUUCCCAGCGAGGAAAGAGACAAUGCUAUCCGAGUGUGUUUUCAGAUUGAACUUGCCCAUUGGUUUUACUUGGAUUUCUACAUGCAGAACACACCAGGAUUACCUCAGUGUGGGAUAAGAGACUUUGCUAAAGCUGUCUUCAAUCAUUGUCCAUUUUUGCUGCCUCAAGGUGAAGAUGUGGAAAAAAUUUUGGAUGAAUGGAAGGAAUAUAAAAUGGGAGUGCCAACAUAUGGUGCAAUUAUUCUUGAUGAGACACUUGAAAAUGUACUACUGGUUCAGGGGUACCUCGCAAAAUCAGGCUGGGGAUUUCCAAAAGGAAAAGUAAAUAAAGAAGAAGCUCCUCAUGAUUGUGCUGCUAGAGAGGUCUUUGAAGAAACUGGUUUUGAUAUUAAAGAUUAUAUUUGUAAGGAUGAUUACAUUGAACUUCGGAUCAAUGAUCAGCUUGCUCGUUUGUACAUCAUUCCAGGAAUUCCAAAAGACACAAAAUUUAACCCGAAAACCAGGAGAGAAAUCCGGAAUAUUGAGUGGUUCUCCAUUGAGAAAUUGCCUUGCCAUAGAAAUGAUAUGACCCCAAAAUCCAAACUUGGUUUGGCACCAAACAAAUUUUUUAUGGCCAUUCCUUUUAUCAGACCAUUAAGGGACUGGCUUUCUCGAAGAUUUGGAGAUUCCUCAGAUAGUGACAAUGGAUUUUCCUCAGCUGGUAGCACACCAGCUAAGCCCACUGUGGAAAAAUUGAGUCGAACCAAGUUCCGCCACAGCCAGCAGUUAUUUCCUGAAGGUUCUCCUGGUGACCAGUGGGUAAAGCACCGGCAACCACUGCAGCAUAAACCAUACAGUAAUCAUCACGCUGAAGUGUCUGAUCUUUUAAAAGCAAAGAAUCAAAGUAUAAGGGGAAAUGGCAGAAAACAGUACCAAGAUUCACCUAAUCCAAAGAAAAAAGCAAAUGGGGUCCACAGCCAGCCAGCCAAGCAACAGAAUCCCUUGGUGAAAUGUGAAAAAAAACUUCAUCCACGAAAACUUCAGGAUACUUUUGAAACAGAUGCUGUGUAUGACUCGCCUUACUCCGGUGAAGACCAGUUGCUCGAACAUGCCGAGGGCCAGGCUGUGGCAUGUAACGGACACUGCAAGUUGCCCUUUUCAUCCCGAGCUUUUUUGAGUUUCAAGUUUGACCAUAAUGCUAUAAUGAAAAUCUUGGACCUUUGAUAGCAGCAAAUGUGGAAGUCCCCAAAUCAGAGACUUGUUGCAUUUGAGUGGGUGUCUCUUUGAGCCUUACCUUUCUCAGGUGUUUUAAAGAAAUGCAGGGAGACGAUGAUGUUUCUGAAGAGAUGUUCUCUGUGCAGAAGAGAGAGUAGAAAGAAACAUGAAUUUGCACUGUAAAUGUGGUUAUAACUUUUUAUACACAUGUACCUUUUCAGUGUUUGGCUAAUGAAUUUAAGUUGCUUUUUAUGAGGGCAUUUUUUUCUGUGAUUGUGGUUUUUAUCUUUAUUCUGGUCACAGAAAUAGUGUUUGAGUCAUCAGUAAGUAGCCAGGUUAAUGGGAAUGCACCAUCUUCCCACUACAGUGAUUGUCAUACUAGUUUCCUUAUACUGAAAAUUUUAAAAGAAACUUAACACACACAAUUAUUAAAUGAAUACAAGACCCAAAAUGUCACAGAAGUCAAGAUUGCAGGUCAUCUGCUCUGGUGGCAUUUUGCACAUUUCUCUGCUUCUAACUGCUUAGGUUCUCUUACCCUCCUUGCUAGGAGUUUUGUUGAAAGGUAUUACUUAGAGUCAGAAUCUGCUAUAUAAUGUUCAUGUUCAAAAUGAACUCAUGGCACGUCGUUAAAAGACAAAGCCCUCAGCCUGGAGAGGGGCUUGAGCUGGUGGUGGAGAGCUGCGGCUCCAGUCUCCAGUCGCACCGUGUGCUCAGUGGGCCUGGGAGGUUGUGGGGACAGCGGGGGGAGCACGGGGCCAGGACCCCGAGACUGCCGUCACAGCCGCAGCAGCCCACCGCCAGCCCCUGCCGAUCAUGUGAUUCUGUUCUCGUGCAUCUCGAUUCUGUGUUACAGCUGUGUAAAUAUGUAUGGAAUACUGACAUUACUAGGUUUCACGUUGCAUGUCAGUGUUGAUCUCUGGAAACUGAUGCUAUAUUAGGUCCCCAUUUGCAGCAGUAGCAGAGACUGAGACACUUAGUAGCAUAUUGAAGCCUCUGGACGAUGGAGUGAAAAGGGAAGGGUGUGCAGUUUACCCAAGUACUUACUGAUACAGCAUCUCACUAGGGGAGGAGCAGAACAUGGAAGCAACAUGAGUAAUUCACUCGUAGGAAUGUAUUUUGCUCCUUUAGGAUUCUUAAAUCCAAAUAAGGAUGGCAGUGCCCGUUUAGUGAAGGAGUUUAGCUAUGUAAAGCUAUGGACAAUCACCAGGGCUUUAAGGGGGCUUUAGUGUUUGGGCUGCUUCUGACCUCAUUGAAGGGGUUUCUUUGGGGGUGGGGGGAGAGUGUUACAUAUGCGUGUGUACGCGUCUGUCAUAUGGGUUUUAAAAAUCUAUUUUACAUGUGGUAUCCACAAAAUAUAUCUCUGCUUGUAAAUGUUAUUGUGGAAAUCUUGAUUCUGUAUAGAUAGUCUAUUUAAUAGGGUUUCUAUUUAACCCUGUGGGACUUUGAAAAGAAGUGCUAUUGUAAGGAGUUCACUUGGUAUUUCUUUGCUUUAGAUUUUCAAUGGCUUGAUUUUAAAGGAGAAAGUCUAUUUAUUAAUAAAAGUGUCACCCUCUUGGUGCUAAGCAGGAUAAUUCAGUUAUAGCAGUGUGUUAAAAUUAGGUUAUCCACUGUCCUGCAUCUUUUAAUGUGACAAAUUGGUGAAUCCUUCUGUGACCUUUUAAAAAUGCAUUGUAAGAUUGCUUUGGAAGCUCUUCACUGUUCUUUCUAAGAGGACAGCAGCUUUGCUUGGGUCUCCUUGAGCCAUAUUUAUAGUUGGUCCCAGCAUUCCAGGUUUCUGUUCUUAAUGGAGUGAAAACUUAGUUUGUCUGGCAGGUGAGUCGUUUUCACUCAUUUAUUGCCGUCUGGAAACCAUUUAAUUUUUCAUGAUUUUGAAUGUGUUUUUUUCUGUUUAAGUGAGUGCUUUGGUCAGUCUUUCUGGUGCCUCGAGUUGAAAUUUUCAGCUCUCGACACUAAAGCAGAAGAGAUUAGUUACUAGAAAUAUGGCCUCUGACGGCGUUGAGCCUUUUCAAGAACCAACAGAUUAUCUCUUUUCAGUUAUGGUAGUUUGACUGGUUAAAUAUUGCUAUUGGGCUGCUUCAUUUAAUGCACUGUGGGUGGGACAAAAUAAGGGUAUUGUUGGGAUGGUUGGUAUUGAGGCUUUUAGCUCUCUUAACAGUUUGAGAUUUAAAAAAUGUUAAAAGAUGAGUUAAAAUUUAUGUGUGUGAUGUGACUUAACUAUGCAGAAAAUGUAUAAGUUGGAUGUACCUAUUUUAUGUACAUCUGCUAUACUUCUUCCCUCGAACCUGUGUGUGAGAUUCUCAGUGUUCAGGUUACCUUGAAAAGGGCCAUGCUUAGCACAGAACUAGAUUUCUUGAUUGAGAAAAUUUAGCAUGGUUUGAAGAAAUCAAGUGAUAAGGGAGUGUGCUGAAUAUGCAAUACUUUACUUCUGUGUGCUGCAUUUUAAGAAGCUAGAUGAGAAUAGCAGUUGUGUUGGCUUCAAUUACAGAUUAUGUCUUUGAGAGAAAUAGGUCUUUUGAAUCCAUUUUUUUCAGUAUUAGUUCCAAGGUUCAGUGUACUGUGAAUCUUUUUAUUUUUUUAAAAUUUCCUAGGUGCUUUUAUGUAUAACUGUAAUGAUUUGUAAGAUGUUCAAUGAAUUGUUUUUGUACUUAACCAUUAUAAUCUAGAAGAUAGGGGUAUGGUUUUAUAUACUUCCACAUGUUUUUGUUCAGAACUAGCAAAUGAAUGGUUUUAUUUCAAAGUGGUGGUCUCCUGAGACAUGAGCAUUUGGAGACAGAGAACCUACUAGAGCUUUUGUAGCAUGGGUAAAAUUUGGUUGAAGAUGUUUGAAAGUGAAGUUGGAUUUUCAUGGUUAUGAAAAGGUGAGUUUCCUGUGCUGUAAAGGAAUGGUGGUCACUGCUCGCUGCUUUGAACUUGGAGUAUUUUUCCAUUAAGUAUCAAUUAGUAAGUACAAAUGAAGAUGUAUAGCAAUAUUAAUUUUAUGCUAUGAGAUUGGGUUGGCAUUGUCUUUUAAAUCUUUAGUGAUUUGUGUGUUAAUACAAAAAUACUCCUCAAGUCUAAGUGAAUGGCAUCCUUCCACAAGGAGGAUUAAAUUCUUCUAUAAAACUUAAUACAUUGUGGUAGUCUUAGAAAAUUUCAGGUCUGAGUGCAUGUAUGCAUUAAAAAAAAUUAACAUUUCAUUACCUUUUCCCUUGCUAUUUUUUUUUUUUUUUUCCUGUUUGUUUGUUUCCAACAGUUAACUUGAACAGUAAGGAGCAAAGUCAGUUAAAAAAUUAGACUUUUUGCAGAGUUAUUUUUCUUACUAUGAUAAUAUCUCUUGGCUUUUUAUCUUUAUUUUUGUACCAGUGGCCCUCUGAGCUGCGUGCUCAGAGAUUUUUGUUUUGAUUGACAUCUAUUGUGUCUUUGUAUUCUCUGAGGCAGUACAGUAUUUUCUUUGCAUAUUAAUCAUAGUUAAAAGGUCGGAUUCAUUAACAUUUUUUGAUUGAAGGAAAAUUAGGUGUUACCUAGCAAUGUUGAAUUAGGUAUUUUCUAGCCUGGGGAAGGGGCUUGCAUGUAUUCCUGUAACGUUAAAGAUAAACUAGACAAACUCAUUCUGUUUGAAGGUAUCAAUCCACUUUAUGUUUUAAGGAGCUGUCUCUAGGUAAAUGGGUGUUAGUAAAGUAAGUUUUGUUAAACUUUAUUCUUGGUAGUCUGGUGAAGCCUUGAGUUCCUCAUUUUGUACUAGACUUUAAAAUCAGUUUGUACAGUUGCUAAAAAUUGUAAAAAUGGGAUCAUGAUGGGCUUUCUCAGCAUCUUUUUCUUCUUAGAAUUGAGUUGUUUUUGAAGUUUGUGCACCUCUGUCUUGAAGAAUGCAGAUCACAAAUGGACAGUACAGGCUCUGUCUCGUGCUUUUGAAGCAAGUUCUGGAUAUCAGUUUCAAAAAAUAUGAUAGGUUUAUUAUUAUAGGGUAAAAAGUGCCCUGAAGGAAGAAGAUAGCUAUAGUUACUGGGCAAGGAAAACAGAAGGCAGAGAUUUUAGAAGAUAAAAUCAAUUCUCAAGUGCUGUAUGAUGCAUGAGGCUGGUAAUGUGACCAUUGCCUAGCCCAAGAAGAGUCUCAUGUGUGGCCAUUACCAAGCAUUUUCUGGCUCGGGGUUUAAUUUUUUUCUAAGUAUGGUUGCCACGGGGUCCAGAAAAGCUGCAGUGAUUUUUCUCACUUUCAUAGUCAGUGUUUGAGACUCUGGUCCUUCCCCUGCUGACGCUGCUUUAGGACUCCAGCCACACUGCAGUGCUUGCUGACGCACUGCUUUCUUCCAGGGACACAGCCCGGAGCACGCCCAGCCGCCCUCGGCGCGUGCCACAGUCGCUGCUCACGGUGACCCACAGGACAGAAAGGACGCUUGUCCCAGACGGGGGUCCUUCCCACCUAGGUUCCCGUGACAGUGUUUGUUACUGAAAUGGUGGUCUGUAGCCAGGGAGCAGAGUAAAGCUAUCUCCCCUGCCUGGGAGUAGACGUGAAGGGCUGGCUUCUACCAGUUUUGUUGCUCAGACUUUAUCAUAAAAGUACAGAGAAGUGUAAACAAAAAACUGAUGAAGUAUUCAAGUUUUAUCUUGAGAAACAUGUUCAUAACUGACUCUUUAAUCUGGGUUCCUUAGGAAAUCACCGGCAAAGAAAUCCCACUUGUCUUGGGUCUCCUGUGGUUAGCAGUGGGGGUGGCCGACUUAGGGUGGCAGCUUGGCGGCACAGUCUGAGAGGAAUCGGCCUUAACAGGGUGCUCAUGUUGGCUCUGUAGUUGCUGGGCAGGUGUCUUCUGGGGAGAGGGAUGGGAUGCAGAGGGCAGGUGCCUGUGUGUUUUGUUUCAUGUGGACCCUUGUGUUAGCCUCUGAUCCAUUCGUCCAGUGGAAGAAGGCGGCUCUGAACAUUCACUGGCUGCUUGUUUGGUGUUUGGGUGUUCUUGUGGUGAUUGGCCUCUAUCUGGUGAGUGUUCUUUGAAGACCUGUUGUUCCUGAGUCCUUAAAGAGGCCAUUGAGUCUGUCCCUUCGUGCCAUUUUUUUCUUUCUGUAACAAUUUUUUUUUUUCUUUGUGAUGCAUCUCUAUCGUCAAUCUGCCGCUGUCGGAAUUUAUAGGUAAUAAUUGUAUCUUAACUUUGACCCUUGGGCCAUGAGCAGUUAGGAGGGGCUGUGGACACCUUGGCUUGUUUAUUUUAGUUUCAUAGCUGUUAAAUUGGUUUGGGAACAAAGGAAACUUCUGUGUAGUUCUAGGGUAAACUGAGCAGUGUUCUGGUCUUUGGUCUUAGUUAACAUUCUUAAGUUGUGGGCUUUUUGAGGUAAGAUGUAACCUUUUCAAGUAAUGUGCUUACAAUUCAUUGAAUCUGACGUUCUAAAACAAUCUAUAGCUAUGGUGUGGAACAUGUGGGGCACAAAUCUUCAUGGUUAGUCAUUUCUCACACUUGAUGGGAUUGGCUAGAUCUUUGUAAAAUGAUUGCUUAAUAUGUUUUUUGUGAUAUUUAGGAAUAGACUGGAUGACAGGAAAUGAAAGCACAAUCCGUUGUUACUGAAAUUGAGAAAGGUAGUAACUACUCCUCAGCAGUUUGGUUAGUUCAAUGCUUUUAAUACCUUUGCAGCAGAUGAUUAGCAGUGGACUUGUACUCUUCAUGUCUUACACAUACGAUAUGCACUGAUACAAAAGCACAAAAACAUAUCUGCAGAGUUUCUUUGUGCAUUUUGCUACUGUCCUAGGGCACUGCUGUCUCUACUGGUCAUUUUAGGUUUGUCUUUGGAUCUUACCUUUUAAUUUCAAAUGCAAGAGCCCAAAGAACUGAUGCUUUCACUUUUUUGUUCAUUUUAUUUCAAAUUUAGAACGGGAGACAGCUAACCUUGACUCUGGUUUUAUAGACAUUGUUGUUCAGUCACUCAGUCGUGUCUGACUCUUUGUGACCCCAUGGACUACAGCACACCAGGCUUCCUUGUCCUUCACCAUCUCCCAGAGUUUGCUGUUGUUGUCUGAGUCAGUGAUAUUUUUUCUUCAGUAAGAGGGAAGGAGAAUGAACUAUUUUGCAUAUACAUAUAUUUGUGUGUAUAUAUACACACAAUAUAGAUAUUUUUUCUAAUUGUUUUUAAAGUUUGCUUAUUAGCUUAUACUUAAAAAUUCAUGUUUGCUGAGUAUUGAUUCACACAACUCGGUUUUUUUAAUUUUACCUGUUGAUGUCAUUGAAAAUUUAAGUCUUCUUUCAGAAUAAAAUGAUGAAUCAAAUGAAAUUAUGGUUCAUGUAUUAACUAACUAAGUGACCAUCAAAAUUAGUUUGGAUGGGAAAGGGAAUAAGAAUUGAUUUCUUCAUGUUCCCCGUCUAGUUCCAAAACAAGAUUUGAAGUGUCUUUGGUGCUGUGGAGACUAGGUAAUGUUCAUGGAAGAUACGGAGUCUUCAAACAGUUCCCUUGGGAGUCAGUUUUAGCAGACUAAGUUAUGUUAAUCAAAUUGGAAGCUACAAAAUUGGGUAGAAAAAAUUGAUGCAACACUUAAUUUUUACCUUAAAACUGUUUUUAUUACUUUAGCUUCUAGGGCAUUUUACUGUUUAGACAGGCUGUGUAGGUAAACCAUUGGAGUAAUUCUAUUAAUAGUGAAGUUCUUGGUGCUUGGUUUGAUUAAUUGUCAAACAUUAGGAAAAGCAGAAAAGGAACCCCAAAACACCGUUGUACACCAUGUAGUUUUACUUUCUGACUGAAUAGUAGUUGUCCUCUUUUCCCCUCAGUUUCAGUGAAAGGAUAAGGACUGAUUUUCAUUUACCUUGAGUAUAUCUAUCAUACGUAAAGGAUUUUCAAUGACUCAUGUUUAUGAUGAAUCAGAAGUUUAAAUGUUUGCAGGAUUACUGCACUUUAAUAAUCGACUAAAAAUGCCAGCUGUACUCUCCACUGAGAAAAUGAACUAAGUCCUCUGUCUUUACACUUGUGCUCUUUAGAAAGCUUUUGAUGUAAAUAACACCAGUUGAGAAGGGAGAAACCUUUUAUCUUAAAAAAUGCAAUUUGAAUGAUGGAAGGUUUCCUUUGUAUUUUAAAACAUUUUUACAGUUGAUUGUUCAAAUAUUGGCUUUCUGUAAAAACAUUAUGUUAAAUUUAGAGCCUUUGUAGUGCAAUAUCAAUAAAUUUUGCCUGCUUGGGCAGUUUUAAUUACUACCUUAA